AUGCUCGAGUGCAAAACGACGGGGAUGCUCGCCCAGCGUCCAGGUUACGAGGUGCGCGAACAGAAAAGAGCUCGCGGCAAGUGGGACAAGCAGCUGGAGAAGACGAAGCGCGUGCGCAAGCACAAAAACGUAAACGCAGGACUCAGAAUGAAGACGAAGACCACUUGA